AUGGACAUGUCGACUGCCUCGCCCACGCCUUUGGGCACCGCCGGAACCGGUCUCUCGCGAAAGCCUUCCCAGAGGCAGGGUCUUCGGAGGCUGCCAUCGCGGCCCCAUCUCAACCGAAGCGAAUCCAACCCAGUGCACGCAACCGCCGCCGCGCCCGCGCUUUCAAAGAAGUCAGACUCGCAGCAGUACGCCAUGCACGACAGCUCUGACGACGAAAUCCCCGUACCCAUGAAGCUCAGCGCUCUCACGAAGGCAUUGCUCAAUGACGGCGGUGCACCCGAACCCCAACGCGCUCCUUCACCGCCGCGAACACGUCGUCGCACCAGCAAUCUCGCCGCGUCCACAACUUCUGCGACGGAAGAGAGAAGGUCUCUUCGAUCUGGGAGUGCACAAGCGUAUGAUACCAGGUCUACAAAGCACACGUCGCCAUUGCGAAGCAGGGAGAACAGUCCUGUGCGAAAACGAGUUGUCAGGCUGAGCACCACGCCCAAAAGCCUAAGCCAGAUGCGCCCCACCAAGAGAAGGUCUACCUCGCUGUCGCGAUCUACCAACCAACGCCCUCAAUCGAGAAAUCGGCCAGAAAGCCGGGACCAGUCCUCGGAUGAGAGACAAGAACCACCCAAGGAUGUCAAUACACCUGCCCAGGGAGUACGCGUCGUCCGCAUUGCCGCGGGCUCAUCCGGCAACAGGAGUCGCCUUACCAACUCAUCGAGCCAUUCCAGACGCUCAGGAUCCCAACUGGAGCAGGACUACCCUGAAGAGCCAGUGACUGCAGCACGCAAUGCUUCUGGCACCAAUCCCGGUAGCGUAUCCCGCCACACCAAUGUGGGAAGAAAUAUCAAGCCUGAGGACAACCUAGCCUUACAAGGCUCGAUGCGCGUCAAGCGAGUCGGCAAAAUUCCUGGAAGCUUUCUGAGUGGACCUGCUCGACGUGGCCGCAGGAGGCAAAGCGAAGAAGAAGCAGAGGCGAAUGGCGAUGGCGAAGGGUUACUCUCAAGUCAGUAUCAUGACGGUCAGGGCCAAGACAUGGAGAACGACCUCGCGUCAUCCUUUUAUGGCAAUGGCGGGCAAAUUUCGUCAGGCAGCCCGGUAGCGCUCGGCGAUUCCGGGAGAGCAAGUCAUCGAAGGGCAGCAUACGAUGCCGGGCCUGUACCACGCGUCGCGGGUCCAUCUCCCAAGGAGAUGGACGACCCAGAAGAGAUUCACUAUAAGCUACCUGUGCCACGCCCUCAGGUGCCAUCUUCGCAUGACCAGGAGAACGAGAUACACUCUGUCUUGAGAAACUCCAAGCCUGCCGUCAGCAUAAUCUCUGAAAGGGACAUCGAAAAGGCUUCCAAGCGCCCCAUCCACACUGAUGCUGCACAUCAUAGGUCUGCUGCGUCUCCCGAACGAAAACCAUUGUCCUCGCUGGCAAACAACACUCCACGCAGGCCUGCGCCGCCUCCUCCACCAAAGAUGUCGGUUCUCGAUGCUGCAACCACCUCGGCUGGGGCAGCCACAACAUCGCAGGGAAAGCAGAGGCGAAACAUUCUUCGUGUCAAUGGAAAGUCUUACACGAGGCUGGAUUGUCUAGGCCGAGGUGGUAGCGCUAAGGUCUACCGCGUCACUGCCGAAAACGGAGCGAUGUUUGCCCUGAAGAGGGUGUCCCUGGAGAACGCCGAUGAAUCGACUGUCAGGGGGUUCCGAGGCGAAAUCGACCUGCUAGGCAAGCUGACGGGCAAUGAUCGGGUCAUCAACCUUUUUGACUACGAAAUGAACAACGAAAAGAAGAUGCUUACUUUGCUCAUGGAGAUGGGCGAGUUGGAUCUUAACACUCUCCUUAGAAGUCGACAAAACCCUGAGUCAGCCAAGUUCGACCCCGUCUUUGUCCGCUUCUACUGGAAAGAAAUGCUCGAGUGCCUUCAAUCCGUCCACCAGUCCGAGAUUGUCCACUCCGACCUUAAACCGGCCAACUUUGUCCUUGUCAAGGGUCGCUUGAAACUAAUCGACUUUGGCAUUGCCAACGCUAUUCAAACAGAUGAGACAGUAAACGUUCACCGCGAAACGCAAAUUGGCACACCGAAUUAUAUGUCUCCUGAGUCGCUCAUGGACUCCAACGCACCUCGAGGCGGCCGCGUUCCCGGGAGGCCCAAGCUGAUGAAAGUUGGAAAACCAAGCGACGUGUGGUCUUUGGGCUGCAUUCUCUAUCAACUUGUAUACGGCAUUCCUCCUUUUGGCCACAUUGCCAACCAGAUGGCUCGGUGCCAAGCCAUUAUUAACUGGGACCACAACAUUGAGUUUCCCUCUAGAGGCAUGGGCGGCGUCCCAGUGCCCCCCUCUCUCGUGCGAACCAUGAGGCGGUGCUUGAACCGUGAGGUUCACAUGCGACCAACAUGCGAGGAACUCCUCCAUGAGACCGAUCCUUUCCUCUAUCCUAAUGAGAUGAGCGAGAAGGCACUCCCGGUGGACGAAGAGCUUCUUGGUAGAAUCAUCCAAAGCGUCAUUACAAGAUGUCGGGAACGCAUGCCGACCGAGACUGAGGCCAUGUCGGUCUGGCCAUCAGCCUAUUGGUCGAGUGUAAAGAAAGCAACGAAUUCGAACAGAUGA